AUGCUGGCUGUAUUUCACAAGGCGUUUGCCCACCCGCCGGAGGAGCUCAACAGCCCGGCUUCUCACCGGUGCUCGAAAAAGCCGAAGCUUCCGGCGGAGACCCUCGCCGAGUUUCUGAGCUCCCACCCGGAAAACGCGUCAUCGAUGACGUUUGCAGACGCGGCCGUGCUCGCGUAUGUCCGGCCCGACGGCCGGUCUCUGCUCCACAAGAACCAGAGGUUGUUUUGUGGGUAUGAUGACAUAUACUGUCUUUUCAUGGGGAGCUUGAACAAUCUGUGUGCACAGAUUAAGCAGUAUGGGUUAUCUAGAAAUGCAAACGAGGCCAUGCUGGUAAUUGAGGCUUACCGGACCCUCAGGGACCGGGGCCCCUACCCGGUGGAUCAAGUCAUCAAGGAACUUGAUGGCAGCUUUGCCUUUGUAGUUUACGACAGCAAAGUUGGCACGGUUUUUACUGCUCUGGGUUCUGAUGGUGGGGUGAAGUUGUACUGGGGUAUUGCUGCUGAUGGAUCUGUGGUGAUCUCUGAUGAUUUAGAAGUGAUUAAAGAAGGUUGUGCCAAGUCUUUUGCCCCUUUCCCUGCAGGGUGCAUUUUUCACAGUGAGUCUGGACUCAUGAGCUUUGAGCACCCAAUGAAUAAGCUGAGGCCAAUGCCAAGGGUGGAUAGUGAAGGGGUUAUGUGUGGGGCCAACUUUAAGGUUGACUUGUACUCGAGGGUCAACAGCAUACCACGUGUCGGGAGUGAGGCCAACUGGGUCGACUGGAAUUCGCACGAGCCAUAA